AUGGCUAAUACCUUUAGUGGCUCGGGAGUAUCGGAAAUCCUUCCAGCCCAGCAAUCUGAGAAGCGUAAUCUUGGCAUUAUCCAGGUUUAUCCUGAUUCAAGGAACACUACCGCCACCAAAGAAAAGGAAAUAGACAUCUUUGUCUUGCAUGGCCUUGACGCUAGGUCGGACAAAACCUUUGUCGCGUGGAGAGUCGAUGGUGAAAAGGGUUCCGGCGAUGUGCAUUGGCUCAGUGAUGAGCACAUGCUGCCGUCACAGAUGCCUCAGGCACGUAUUCUCACGUAUGAUUGGAAUGCGAAUUACGACAAGACGGCUUCAAAAGAGACAAUGCGAGCUCAUGCGGAUACACUACUCGAGGAUAUACAUAAGAACAGAGCCGAAUUCAAUAGGUCUCAAGUUCCAAUCAUCUUCAUUGCAUCAUGCUUUGGAGGCGUCUUACUGUCAGCAGCCUUAGUCGGGGCCCUAGAACUGCAACACCCUCAAAUCGAACUGAGAAGAGGGAUCUUUGACUCUUGUAUUGGUAUUGUAUUUCUGGGAACUCCCUUCCGUGGCAGUUGGGACUUCGGAACCCAAGUGGCUCUCCAACGGAUAGAAGCGGCCAGAAGGGCAAGCCCUGAAGAGAACGUUCAAUACUCCAUGGAGCUCGUCCAGUAUUUGAAAAGAGGGACAGACGAUAAUCCAAGUCCUUUAGAUGACCUAAUGCACAGGUUCGAUGCAAGCAUGGAGAACGCGAAGUUCAAAAUCCCCCGCGCAGAGCUGUACGAGACAUUGCCUGCACAGUUUGCCGGUCCACUCUCGAGAUUGUCGCCAGAAGAAGUCAACAAAUUGACAGAGAUUGAUAAGCAUGGUGAAGGCAUAGUGGUCUCUCACACAUCAGCAGUCCACAGCGGUGGGGAUGGGUCCGCGCAGCCCAUGCGACACAAUAUGCUGCACAAAUUCAACAGCCCUGAUAACUCCGCCUUCCAAAGUUUAUGUCUGAGGUUAAAACAGUUUGCUGAGGGUGCUGCGAAAACCAUAGAAUCAAGAGAUCAAGCCCGUUUGAACGAGUCAGAGGCUCCUGCUAGUAAUCAACUCAAAUCGUGGGCAGAAGUUUUGAGCUUUCGCGACAUGAACCGUCGCCACCUCGAACUUCAACAAAAUAAGGCAAUCCCGGGGACUUGCGAGUGGCUUUUCAAACACGAGAAAUACACAGCUUGGGAAGAAGGUGAUUCCACAGACGCUUCAGAUUCCAUUCUCCUCAUCGAAGGCAAGGCUGGUUCUGGAAAGUCUACCUUAAUGUAUGAGGCAGUAACUCGCGCUGAAGCCAUGCUCGACGAGGCGAAGCCCAUUUGCCUGUCUUACUUUUUCAACGCAGCUAAAGACGAAGGUUUGACUAUUCACAUCUCUCCACAAGGACUUUAUCGGUCCUUCUUGUCCCAACUCUUGAAAAAGCUCAAUCCAUCACCAGAGGUCGUGGCGAUCGUGCGAGAAUGGGGUCCGGCCAAAGACGCUCGACAAGCGACGUUGGAAGAUGUUAUCAUAUUAAAGCACAAGAUAUCAAGCCUGCUUGCUACCUUUGAUGGCAGAAGAGUACGAAUCUUUAUUGAUGCCAUCGACAAGUGCGGCAGUGGUAGAGACGAAAACAUGGACAGUACCAUUGAAAUGAUCAGAUACAUUCAAAGUCUGAACGGGAAGGGACCAAAGGUUUUGACUCUUUUCUCUGUUCGUGAUAGAGCACAGUACGGGUCACAUCUUUGGGCGCCGACCAUCGAGAUGAGUCGCCAUAACCAACGAGAUAUUCACAAGUAUUUGAGCGAUGAGCUGAAGUACUCGAAGGACCCAGCGACUCGCGAACAGGUUAUCUGGACGUUACUGCGCCGUUCGUCAAAUAACUUUCUCUGGGUCAAGCUUGUCGUUGCAACCCUCAAUGCAAAAGCAGACGCGGGACUCGCGGAUGGCAAAUGGAGAAGUGAAGUAGAUCGCUUACCAAAAGAGCUGGGGAGCCUUUACGAGGAUCUUUUGAACAAUUUAAACUCCGAGGAUCGAGCAGAAGCCUUCAUGCUACUGCUGUUGAACCAGGUACGCAUCAGGCCACUACAGGUGCAUGAGAUGCAUUCCGCCCUGGAGUACGCCAGGGGUAGUGACAACAAGCCUAAUAAGGAUGGGAGAACAGAGGAGGUAUUCGAAGCGCAUAUUAGACGGAUCGCCCGUGGCUUCAUCGAAAUCCAAGCCAGUGAGCAACCGAAUGGUCCUUUUCGCCCCUGGGGUCUCAGAGGUAUUCCAGCUUUGCAAAAUUCUGAAGACCUCUGUGACCUUCCCGAGGAAAAUGGUUGGACACCACCACCAGCAAAGCGUCUAGUUCAAUUCACGCACGACUCUGUGAGAGACUUCCUGGACAAAUACGCAUUGAUAGAGCAAGAUAUCAAACCCUGCGAGGGCUCAUCAGGUCCUCGCGCUCAUUUCGAAAUCGCUAAGCUCUGCAUGCGAGCAGCAGGCCAUGGGAGCAAAAAAGAAUCCUUCCUCCCAUACGCCGCCCAUUUCUGGACUGCCCAUGCUCGCAAAGCAAACGAGGUGAUCGCAGAUAACUUCCAGCCCCCGAGGUUCAUCACGAAAUGUGACUACAAGACCAAGGGCAUAGUCUCGCGGUAUAAAGAGCACGCAACUGAGCCCUUCAGUCUCUACCACAUACCGAGAACUGAGAUCCCCAAUACCGGCUGGCUGGAUGACAAAGCAACCAUGCUGAUGCUUUUGGCCUUCGAGGGCUGUGGGGCUCUGAUAAUGAAGCACGGCGAGACAUGUACACGCAAAGAUUGUCGUGAAGAUAAGUCUACAAUCCAGGAUGCCUUUGCUUUGGCUCUGCUGCGUGGUUGGAAGGCUGGUGUUGAGGCGAUAGGAGAUCUCGCACGAGAAAGAUCAAUAGAUCUUGAUCCCACUAUCAAACCUCGUUUUACGAGAGGUAUCUGCCCACUCCGGAGGGUUUGUUCACGCAACCAGCAUGAGGUCCUGGAGUCGGUUAUGAAAAUCGGAUUGAAACCAACCUCCAGGGCAGCAAGAGAUUCAGCACAGGUCUCGUUUUGCGAGGCUGUGAAGCUUGGACAUGAGAAAAUUGUCGAGCUAUUUUUGAAAGAUGCAGGAGGCAAUGCUAUCGACUUGCUAUCUUGGCGGUCGGGGCAAGGUUACACAGCGCUUCAUUUUGCGGCUUCAGCUGGGAGGUGGCAUAUCUUUGAUAUGUUGUUAAAGAGUUUGGAUGAUGUGCCGCCCGAGCUACUCAAUAUCGAGGCAAAUGAGGGCGAAACGGUCUUGGAUAUGGCGGAGCGGGGCAGGAGGAAGCACCAGAUGAGACGUGAUAGCGAUCGGAUCAUCCAGGAAAUCCAGGAUAUUUUGGAGCAGUGGACAGGAAGGUAUGCGCUUAAGAGAUUACGUUUUUCUUUUUAA